AUGGAGUCCGAAGCAUUUGAAGAUCUGGAGAAGGGCGGUGGCGCUCUGCGCACCGUCAAGGAUCUGGGCGCGGGUGCUGCUGGUGGCAUGGCCCAGGUUCUUCUUGGACAACCCUUUGACAUUGUCAAGGUGCGGCUACAGACCACCACUCAGUACUCGAGUGCUCUGGACUGCGCAACCAAGAUCUUUCAGAAUGAAGGCCCCGCGGCCUUCUACAAGGGAACACUGACUCCAUUGAUUGGAAUCGGUGCCUGCGUAAGCGUGCAAUUCGGUGCAUUCCACGAAGCGCGCCGGCGCCUGGAGGAGUUGAACAAGAAGAAAUACGCCAACCCGGCCCUCUCGUACGGGCAGUACUAUAUGGCUGGUUCGUUCGCCGGUGUCACUAACUCGGUCCUCUCUGGCCCAAUUGAACACGUGCGUAUUCGACUGCAGGCGCAGCCGCACGGCGCCGGUCGUCUGUACUCGGGACCGUUGGACUGUGUCCGCAAGAUGUCCGCACACCAGGGGAUGCUGCGUGGUCUGUUCCGCGGCCAGGCAGUUACCAUUAUCCGUGAGGCCCAGGCCUACGGGACGUGGUUCCUGGGCUUUGAGUACAUGAUGAACCAGGACGUCAAGCGUAACAACGUCAAGCGGGAGGACAUCUCCAGCUUGAAGGUGGCCACCUACGGUGGUCUUGCCGGCGAGGGUCUUUGGCUGUCCAGCUACCCGUUCGAUGUUGUCAAGAGUAAGAUGCAGACCGAUGGGUUUGGUGUGAACCAACAAUUCAGCUCCAUGCGCGACUGCUUCAAGAAGACCUACGCUGCCGAGGGUCUGGGUGGCUUCUGGAAGGGCAUUGGCCCGACUUUGCUGAGGGCUAUGCCCGUCUCGGCUGGCACGUUCUUUGUUGUCGAGCUCACUAUGAGAGCGCUUGGAUAA